AGGGAUACUGGGAGACGUAGUUUAUUAAACGCCCCGCUGCGUUGUCUGCUCCCGCUGCUUUCUGGGUAAUGUACACUGGUCAGUUAAGAGCGGGUAACGGAAUUCCGCUUCAAAAGGCAGCUAUCAGAUCCAACACAAUUGGUUAGGUGCACUGUUUAUCAAAUUACAUCCACACACUCUUUCCAGUGACUGGUGCCAGUGGAGGCGGGGUUCAGCGGCAUCAGCACUCCCAUUCGCAGCCGGUGGCAUCCAUUUGGUGGCGUGUUAGGGCGGGUUUGCGAGGAGCGAUCGCUGAUUGGUCAAGCGGACUGGAAGAGCCUGAGGGUCGGUCCCCACCUUGCGGCGAUUGGCUCACCUGUAGGCGGUUGGCUCCGGAGAUGGCAGCGAGCGAGAGGAGGGGGCUCGUCCGCUGGAGCCCCGCGGAGUGCGGGCCUCGGCUGCUCUUGCUGCUGCGGUUGGGCGGCUGCUCUGGGCGUAUCCACCGGCUGGUGCUGACGGGGGAGAAGCGAGCAGACACCCAGUUGCACAGUUUCGGCUUCUACACCGACGGCUCCCUGGAGCUGGACGUGAGCCUGCUGCGGCUGAGCCUUCAGGAGACAGAAGAGAGGACCCCUCAGGUGGGGUUCAGUCUGAGCCGCAUUCGAUCUGGCAGCGUUCGAUCCUACCCAACCUGGGACCCCCAUGACUGUCCUCUCUUGAAAAACAGUAGCCACCUACUGGUUCUCUUCCUCAUCAACACCAAGGAUCUGCAGGUCCAAGUUCGAAAGCAUGGGAAGCAGAAGAACCUGUUCAUCUCUCUCGGGCUUCUCCCCAAAGCGCCCCCAGAACCAGGGCUCCUGAAGCCAGAGCACACAGCCAGCCCCAAGGGCGACAGCGAGUCAGGCAUCACCACUGUGCCCAACAAGGCCAGGCCAAAACACACAGUGUCUCCUGGUGACCUGCAGGCAGCCGGAGGGAAGGACAAGGAGCUGGUGUGGGACCUGGGCCAUCGCAGUAACUCCUACAGCUUCAGCUUCCAUGUGGUGAUUGGCUUCAGGGCCGAGGAAGGCCUGUACACCCUGAGCUUUCACAACUGCUACAACUUGAUGCCGGGUGGGGAGCAGCCAUUCAACAUCACGGUAAUGAUCCAGGAGAAGAACCCGGAGGGCUUCCUGUCCGCCGUGGAAAUGCCCUUUUUCAAGCUCUACAUGGUCAUGUCUACCUGCUUCCUGGCCGCCGACAUCUACUGGGUGUCUGUCCUCUGCAAGAACACGUACACGGUCUUCAGGAUACACUGGCUCAUGGCGGCCCUGGUCCUCACCAAGAGCAUCUCUCUCCUCUUGCACAGCAUCAACUACAACUUCAACAGCCAAAGCCACCUCGAAGGCCUCGCUGUCAUGCACUACAUUACGCGCCUGGGAGUGCUGAAGGGCGCCCUCCUCCUCCUCAGCAUCGCCUUGAUCGGCUCUGACCUGGCCUUCAUCAAGUACGUGCUGUCGGACAAGGAGAACAUCUUUGGGAUCAUAAUCCCGCUGCAGGUUCUGGCCAACGUGGCCUACUUCAUUAUCGAGACCCGUGCUGAGGGUGCCAGUGACUACAGGCUCUGGAGGGAGAUCCUUUUCCUGGUGGACCUCAUUUGCUGUGGUGCCAUCCUCCUUACCGUGGUCUGGUCCAUCCGGCACCUCCAGGACGCAUCUGGCACUGACGGAAAGGUGGCAGUGAACCUGGACAAGCUGAAGCUGUUUUGGCCCUACUAUGUUAUGAAUGACCGAUUCUGGAUUCCAGGAAAGCCUUUCCAAAGUCAACAAAACCGCCAGUGGGCGGGAGCUAUUGUGACCCCCUCCAUCUCAGACGUGCCGCCCCCCCCCGCACCCUCAGACAGCCCUCGGCCCAGCCCCUCUCCGGAGGUGUGUGGGGAGGAGGAGGGGCCCUGUGCCUGCUGUGCUCAGCUCCCGGUGCCCCAGUUCCCGGAGCCCACUCAGAAGAAGAUAGCCCCUUCUUCCCCCAGGGAGUGGGCAGCCUUCCCCCACCCCGGGACCACCCCCCACUCGCCUCUGGACAGUAAUGACCAAUCUGUGUUGCCACCCUGGAGGCUGUUUUCAGUUGAGAAACCCGUAUUCCCCCGGGUUUGUGUAUAUGUGUGUGUGUAUGCAGUAUGUACUGCUUUACACAUUCAAUAAAUACGAAUGGAGUGA